GAAGGUACAGAGACAAAACCCUUUUUUUCCUCUUCCCCGAAGAAAAACCCUUCUCUUGGCGGCUGCGGCCAAAUUUACCCCUUCUCCUUCUCGUUAUUUUUUUUUGUAUCUCUUAAACCCUAGAUUCGAUCUGGGUUUUUCUGAUUCUGUUUAGGUUUUCUAUCUUCUUCUUUUUCUUCUCUCUAUUUCUCUCCUUCAUCUCUCUCUCUUUUGGUCGCAUCCCCUAUCUGUCCGAGAAGGAUCUAUCAAUCUUUGUUGUCGAAUCUGAUCUCAUGGCUACCGUUGCUCCACCUGCUGAUCAAGCUACAGAUAUGUUGCAGAAGCUAACUUUGGAUUCUCAAGCAAAAGCUUCGGAGAUCCCUGAGCCAAACAAGAAGACUGCUGUUUACCAGUAUGGAGGUGUGGAUACACAUGGUCAAGUUCCUUCAUUUGACCGAUCUUUGACACCAAUUCUUCCUAGUGAUGCCGUGGACCCUUCAGUUUGCUAUGUUCCUAAUGCCUACCAGCCCUAUUAUUAUGGAGGAUAUGGGAGUGGUCAUGAGUGGAGCGACUACACUGGUUACCCAAAUCCUGAGGGUGUUGACAUGAACUCUGGAAUAUAUGGAGAGAAUGGAUCUCUUAUGUAUCCUCAGGGUUACGGGUAUGCAGCAUAUCCUUACUCGCCAGCAACAAGCCCUGCUCCACAGGUUGGGGGAGAUGGGCAGCUGUAUGGUGCUCAGCAGUACCAAUAUCCUACCUUUUUCCCUAGUGGGCCUUUUGCUUCAUCUAUUGCUACCCCUACCCAGGGGGAUCUCUCUGCAAACAAAGCUGGUGGUGUUAAGACGCUACCUGCGGAAAGCAAUAAUGUUGCAACUGCUGCUGGUAUGGCAAAAGGAAGCAAUGGAUCAGCUCCAGUGAAACCAAAUAAUCAGACACUUAACACCUCAAGCAAUUUGUAUGGAAAUGGUGCUCCAGGAGGAGGUUUUGCGGCUGGUUAUCAGGAUCCUAGAUUUAGCUAUGAUGGGUUUUAUGGUCCUGUCUCCUGUUACGACGGCUCUAAGUAUUCAGAUGUGCAGAGGCCUGUUGCUGGUAAUGGAGUUGCAUCCUCUUAUUCUAAGGCUAACAGUGCGCCUUCAUCGAGGAAUCAAAACUACCGCACAAAUUCUCACUACACCGGUAUGCACCAGCCUUCAUCAAUGACUGGCUACGGUACAGCUCAGGGAUACUACAACAGGUUGUCUCAAAGUAAGUUAUAUGGUCAGCAGUAUGGUAGCAUGGGGAGAUCUGGUAUGGGUUAUGGUUCUUCUGGGUAUGAUUCACGAACAAAUGGAAGAGGAUGGGUGAGCACGACAGACAACAAAUACAGAAGCUGGGGAAGGGGUAACAAUUACUUCUAUGGAAAUGAGAACAACGUAGAUGGGUUGAAUGAACUUAACAGGGGACCUAGAGCAAAGGGCACGAAGAACCAGAAGGGAAAUUCAGAAGAGAGUUUAGAGGCUAAGGAGCAGACUAGUGAAUCAAAUGUAACCGAGGAUGUGGAGACGGAUAACACAUGCAUUGUCCCUGACAGAGAACUGUACAACAAAGAAGAUUUCCCAGUGGAUUAUGCGAAUGCUAUGUUCUUUAUCAUCAAGUCUUACAGCGAAGAUGAUGUGCACAAGAGCAUCAAAUACAAUGUUUGGGCUAGUACACCAAAUGGAAACAAGAAGCUUGCUGCAGCUUACCAGGAAGCUCAGCAGAAACCUGGCGGAUGUCCUAUCUUUCUAUUUUUCUCGGUCAAUGCAAGUGGACAAUUUGUUGGGCUUGCUGAAAUGACAGGACCAGUUGAUUUCAACACAAAUGUGGAGUACUGGCAGCAAGAUAAGUGGACUGGCUCCUUCCCUCUCAAGUGGCAUAUUGUGAAGGAUGUUCCAAACAGUUUGCUGAAACAUAUUACCCUUGAGAACAAUGAGAAUAAACCUGUUACCAACAGUAGAGACACACAAGAGGUCAAGUUGGAGCAAGGUUUGAAGAUUGUGAAGAUUUUCAAGGAGCAUACUAGCAAGACUUGCAUUUUGGAUGACUUUUCCUUCUACGAGGUUCGGCAAAAGACUAUCUUGGAGAAGAAAGCCAAGCAGCAGCAGACACAGAAACAGGUAAACGAGGAGAAGACUACAACAGACGAGAAAAAGGAAUCCGUUACUGCUGAUUCAGCUACCAAGGAAUCUCCUCCAGCUGCUCCAAGUACCGGUGAUGACAAGGUUGCUGAUAAUGGGUCUGUUCCUAAACCAGAUGGUGUGGUGGCUAAUGGUUGCUAAAUUAGAAGACGUUUGCUCACGGCUUGAGCAUAAAAUGCAACAAGAGAGAAGAAGAUAUGAACAAUCCCGUUUACAGUUUCUCUUAACAAGUGCCGUGAGCUUGAAGCAUGGAAGGAGCUUUAGUACCUGAGACCGAUCCGUUUCUCUGCCCUUAGAAGUUAAAAUCCCAGUUAUUUUUUUUCAAUCGUUUCUUGUUCUCUUUUUCCCCUUCUUUUAAUCGCAGUGUCUUUACAAUUUUAUGUUGUUUUUUUUAUUCUAUUUCAUUUUCUGGUUGUUGCUCCUACCCUGUAAAAAUGCGUAUAGGACCUACUUUAUCGUGGGAAGAAUUAGAUUAAAGGUGAUAAAAGCAGGGUGGGAUUUGUUUUUCAAUUCUGUUGGAUUUUAGGCAGAGAGUUUUUUUUUUUUCGUUUUUUGCUCUUCUCUUUCUUAUUUGGUUUCUGACUUGGCUCUGUUUAAGUUCAUUAAAAUCUGAGAUUUGAUGGUCU